AUGGGUUGCACAGGGGGAUCGAUUCAAAUGCCAAUAGUGACUAUUUUGCUAAUAAUUCUUUGGAGCUCGGCCGAUUCCCGAUCCAAUUUUUACACGGAUGCAGCUUGCACGAUAUCCGACCGAGAUUUCACUGUGGUUUUCCUAAGCGAGCCCCCGUAUGUGUUGGAUAACUCUUUAAAAAUUGGUAAUGGUUUUAUCUACGAUUACGUGAAGGCUGCGUUAGACCGUUGUUUUACACAAUACCGCUGUAACACGAAAAAUAUCAUCUGGAAGAAAGUUGCGACACAAUAUGAUUUAAGUGCGUACGUCCUCAAUGGCACAGCAGACAUCGCUAUCCCGAUUGCUCCGUCUCUCUCCGCUUCGUUGGAUGAAGAGUGGGAGAAGUCAGGUAAUGAUCGCGUGACCCUAGUCGGAGUUUUAAAGUCGCCGGGUCUCGCCAUGGUAAUUGAUUACAGUGCUUGUAAGGACCAGAUCGCGAGCAAGACGACCGCUACAAUAUUAUCUGCUUGGCCUAUCUGUGCUGCAAUGCUGCUACUGGCGGGUAUUUCAGGCAUCUCAAUAUGGGCAUUGGUAAGUGAAUUAGAUACGGUUUUGAGUGGAAGUGGGGAGGGUUGCAUUAGUGGACAUGUUCCCAGUCGCUCCUGGGACAGGUUCGAUGCACCCUGAACAGGAGCCCAUUACCCGGAGCGAGCAACUCCCAUACUAGGCCUAUGUAUCACGGCGUUUUUACGGACAAGUUUAUUUUUAGACACAUUUUAGGGCACUUUCCCCGCUAAAAUAGAAUCUCCGCCAUGUCUAUGAGCGCACUCGAAGUAUAAGAUAUCAACUCCUGCCCUGAAUCAUGAGAUGAUCUUCUUUUAAUACCCAGUCUUGCGCUACCCGCACACUUCGUCUCAUAUCCAGGCUUUUAUUGCUUAAAUUACGGUUAUAGGUAGGGAAUGAGUCUAGAGAAGGAGAGUCUCCCUCGAUUCUUGUUAAAUCCAACUAUAUAGAAAUACAAUGAUCAAGAAUAAACCUGUUUAUUCAUUUCGUUUUUGUAACCUCCUGACCUUACUUUAAGGGUAAAUUUUAAUUCCUCAUAUGUCAAAAGGAAAAAGAUUGAAGAAAAGCAGGGGCCGCAGGGGCCAUCAAUAGAUGUCAGCUACAUUCAGGUGUUCCUCUUACAGAAGUCCUCGCACUAAAGAAAAGAGUUGGCUGUCAGGCUAAAAAGAAGAAAAAAUGUAUUACUGUUUUAUUUUGUUUUGUUUUUUGUUUUAAUAAAAGUUGGUUUUCAAUCAUCUUUUAGCUUUUUGAAACUAUUAGACAACAGACGCCUUUAAGUAGAUAAGCAAUUAAGUCCCAUAUAAAGACGAACGAAAACUAAACUUGUAUCCUCUUCAGGAAAUGCAUUCAGGGGAGCGAGAAUUCCCGUCUUCCUUUGGAAAGGGAUCAUCAGAAGGAUUUUGGUGGGCGUUUGUUACCAUGACAACCGUAGGGUAAGAAAAGCAGCAGCUAUUACCAAUGUAUUUGUGAGGUAAACUAGUUGAGGUUGGUUGCCACAGUGCUCAGGUGAAGUUUCUAUUAUAUCAGUAUAUUUCAUUCCGUCAUCAAUGACUAUACCUUUCCAUUUGAAAUCACGAGGGUAGAAGGUCACAUGCCUGUGAACCGGGAUUCCUAAGGGAGACAAAAGGUCCCUUACAAACUCCACCCAUGAAAACCUGUCUCCGCCAAUAUCAGUCUGUGAAAAGGUGCAUCGGACAAUUGAAUCAUCGUCUAUAAUCCCCUCCCCGACCCGACUACCCUCACCGCUCAUCAUACUGCUUACUACAUAUCACUGUAACUGUAUUGUUUCAGAUAUGGCGACAAGGUUCCUCGGACACUCUGGGGUCGUUUGUUUAGCAUAUUAUGGAUGCUUAUUGGCGUCUGCCUGGUUUCCGUUUUUACUGCAGCUAUCACUAGUGCCAUUACUGUUUCGUCUGUGGGUUCGGAUUGUCAGAAAAUCCAAGGGAAACAAGUAGGUCGCUUUUAAAUUUUCCUAUAAGCCAAGUAGUAUUGCAGUCUGGAACCCAGAAUGUUCACCCCUGGAGUUUGCCCCCCCCCCCCCCCGUGGGUUCGGAUUGUCAGAAAAUCCAAGGGAAACAAGUAGGUCGCUUUUAAAUUUUCCUAUAAGCCAAGUAGUAUUGCAGUCUGGAACCCAGAAUGUUCACCCCCGUGGUGGUGUAGCUUUGUAUGAACCAGUGCUUUUGUAGAUAACUGAGUGGGGCCCCAUGGAACUCAAACCGUUUUCUUGAGUCGCUGGAACCAAUUUUGGUUCCUGUUUGGCCCAAAUUCGUUCCUAUACAGGGAUUUUUCUUGGUUCCUAAAAGGGAUUUUUCAUUUAUAGAAAUUACAAAGGGCGAGAAAAGCUCUUAUGAGACACGUGACCCAAUGAUGCCAGGGUCAUUUGCUAUUUAUUCACCCUACCCUCUUGAGUACUGUUGCGCACUUGUAAGUUUUUUUAAAGCCUAAGGCUCAGUUUUAUUCCCUGAAAUGUCCUAAAAACCAACAAACUGGUUUCUGAAACGUAUCCUAUCCUGGCGAUUCACUAAUUUUAUUACAGCUUCUUUCGCAAGACCUUCCUGUUUCAAAUGCACUUAAUCAUAGCAAGCAAAAAACUUUUUGUUGGCGACCUUUAAUUGUUACAUCAGAUAGCAGCAUUAAAUGGAUCUGACGCUGAAAAGGAAUCAAGACACCCUGGGGCGAAUGUCACAGGUAGGUAUGCUUUUGCGAAAAUAUAAUCUUAUCCCAGACACAAAGGAUAAGCAAUCUUGCAACCUCUCCUAAUACAAAAAAAGGUGUAGCUGUGAAUCCCUGUUGAGCAAUUGCAGAUCUUUGGGACCUCGGAUUUUCGUCUCUUUUGCUCGUUGUGGCGUUGAGGGAGUGUACCCAUGGACCACCUAUAGGAAUGGGCCUCCGGCCCAUUACAGUUGGGGGUACGCUAUCACCACUGUUAACCAAAGGGCCUAUUACUUCUUUUCAGUAUGUUAGAUAUUCCAAGAUAAUAAAACCAAACUUUGACUUCAAAUAUGUGACAAUAUUUUCCGGGAAGGUCGGCAAAAUGUAAAGAGCCCAAAAGGUAAAAGAAUGAAGAUGUAAUAAACAAGAUAGAUGACGAUUUUUAUACUGCAAAGUGACUAUAUUUUCAGUUCCAUGUAUUUGAGAUUAAGAUCACAGUAGCUAUGUAUGCAGUUAAAGCACUUGCAAAACGAAACCCUGAAAACAUUCAGGCUUGGUCCGGGCUGCGAACCCAUCACCUUAUCGAUACAGAUGCAGUGCGAUUAUCACAAAGCUAUAAAAGCCCCCCUCUAUAAUGCAAUAGUGGCGAACAGGGAGCUGGUCACUUUGUGAGUUCGUAAGCUAUACACUAAGCCUUAUACACUAUACACUAUAAACUAUUGAAGAAGGUCAGGAUAAUUGCAUUUAAAGCAUUUCUCGCCCUUUUGUUACUAAAACUAAUUCGAGUGCCUAUGUGGGGGAUUUGCUCCGUUACCGUUUCUCCUCCAUUGUUAAUACCUAAGAGUUGUUUUACCUUUAAAUCUUCAAAGUAUACGAAUCGGAAAUGGCGAUGUUCCAAAGCUUACAAGCAGGGCGGGUCGAUGGUGCUAUGUUGGACAGAUUUAAAGCUUAUUAUUACUUGGAUCAACUGAAUGAUGACCGUUUAAGAGUGGCACUACAGAUUGACAGUCCCCAGGAGUAUAGCGUCGCACUGGUCAACAGAAGCAUCCCAAAGCUCACGGCCAAGAAUGGCUGCUUAGAAAAAUAUUUGGUUGGCUCACAUAGUCACUUGCGGAAUAGACUAUUGAAACGUUACGUUCGUCCAGUGAAGGUAGGGUUUUCCUCUAGAAUAGUUCAUUUUAUGAGUUUCUCUUAUUGACGAUUCAAACUUUGAAUUUAACACAUGUGAAGAUACCACCUUUGUCUUUAUGGCAGAGAGUGAAGUUUAUCGAUCGUCCCCUGUGAUAAAAACUUAAAUUUUCGUUGUCUCUCGGAAAACUUCGGAACUCUUCGGAAAUGUUAGAAAAUUUCGAGCAGUGCGAAAACAGCUAAUGCGUUCACUUCGCACUCUGAUUUCCUUUCAAUACGAAGCAAGGUUACUGAGUGUGGGUAAGCUUGAACCCCACCGUCUCCAACCCCUCCCAACCGCAUAAAGACGUAUGUGCGUUCUCGAAUUAAUAUGAGACACGAGAAACACCAAGAAGCUAGAAACACUCGAGUUCAAGUGUUCCUAAACUUAACGCACGCUUUUUUUAAAUUCUGUUACGUUGCAUUGUGAACUGGAAAAAGAGGGGUUUCUGGAAACGAUCAUGCAAACAGGUGGUAACGUCUAGUCUGCAAAGGAAACGUGGUAAACAUGGACCAAUCAUAGAAAAUUAAAGAACAAUCAGGAGAAAACGACCGGUUUAAAUUACCCGGAGGCCGCGUUACCCUUCUUCAGCAUUUUUUUCCUGUUCUAAUCUAAGUAAUGAUGAAAUAUAAUUUCUUAGAGGCCAGGUCUGAAAAAGGGUGUGAAAAUGACAUUUUUUGGUCCGAAAUAGGAUCAGGAUUCGGAGAACCGGGCGGCACACCCACACCUAUAAUUCCCAGGAACCCCUACCCCCCCCCCCCCCCCCCCCCCGAUCUGAAAUAUAAGCACGUAAAUCAUUUUUCCUGCAGGCACUAGGAUCAGCCGCAGAAACUGUUGGCGUCCUGUCAAUCACAUCGCCAGCCAAUAAGAAGCUCUUGAUUGCAUCGUUAGUUAUUUUUGUCAUCUUUUUAAUUUCUGGUGUUUCCUGGGAAUACGUGUACCGACGAGAUCACUUUAACCUCUUCAAAACUGCGUCAAGUGAGUUGACUUUUUUUAAUCCUGAUUAAUGGUACUAUAAAUGCUUUUCGAAGUCACCGUGUUUAACAAUUCAGCACCUCCUCCACCCACCUCCCUCCACUGGCUCAACAGCGUCAAGUUUUUACUGAACCUUUUAACACCUCUCUAUUAAGUCCCAUCUCGUUCAUUUUACAUCGCUGAAGAAAAUAAGGGACUAGUCUGAGACGAGUACUGCAAAGUAACAAGGAUAAUAUUUCUCUUGUGUCCGCGGCCAGUCUACUUCACAAUUUGUGAAUGCGGUAUGCUUAAGAUUAAGGUUUUGGAUAUCGUCAACAAACUCGUUCAGCACUAACACACCCGUUGUUCCUUUAAAUGGAGAACCGAGGGACCGGUUGCAUAAACGUAACGUCAGACGGAAUAACUAACAUCUUGGGUCAAAGUAAAGAGUUUGACAGAUCUGAGCGCGAAACUCUACGUCAGCGCUAACGUCGGACGUUGAGAUCUAACUACUUAGAUCUAGCUGGCUCCAGCACCUAUAUAUUUCUCUUGAAACUCACGGACUCUACGUAAUGAUAACCAACCUGAAAAGGUCUCGAUUGCGGGAGUGUUCAACGGAUUCUUCUCAUUAGAAGCGCAAGAAAUGUACCGAAAAUAAUAAAGGGAUGCUUGGUAGUUACCAGUCCAUUUACGCGGGAAAACCGGAAAUUCCCUAUGGAAAAUCAAACGGUACGCGCAAAUCUGUUUGGGAAGCUUCAGAAAGUAUAGGCUGUGAUUUAAGGCGGUGCAAUUUUUGUACUCUUUUUCGUCUUUUCAGCUGAUUUAUGGGACAGUUCUCCCACCUCGUCAAAAUUUGUAGUUUUAUUUUUAAUCACAAGAUUUGCACCCAGGUGGUUUGUGUAAAUGGUAAGCAACCGGUGUCUCUGACUAAGAUAUAAUCUUCCCAGGUGACAAGCACACCAGUGGCAUACCACUGACCCAACAGCUAACUGAGGUUCAAGAAGCGCUUACAAACCUUCAAGCGCAAGUGCAAAAGAUACAAGAGAGCCUGCAGGCAACCAGAGGCAUGACUGGUAUGAUUACCAACGGUCAAAAGGACUUUGACAUCUCCAUGGAGUCCGAACUGUCAACCUUUCAACAAGAAACAUAG